AUGAAGGGUAUUGAAGUUAAAACGGGUAUGAAGAUUCCUUGGAAUGCACGCUAUUCAUUAAGUCUAUUGAUUUUGUUAUCAUCAACUCUUUUCCUAUGCAACGGCCAAGAUUAUGGAACACCGACCGAAGACGGAGCAGGAGGAGGCGAGCCGCCGCCAGAGAUGGCGCAUUGCAAUGGUAUCUUCAUGAGCUACAGCUUCGGCAGCAGAGAAAGAGAGUACCCGCACGUCAAGAACGUGACCGCGCAAUCGUGGGCGUUUAAAGCGACUGCAAUGAUUGUAAACGCGGGUAAGGAAGAGCUCACGGGAUGGCAAAUGUUUAUAGGGUUUCGUCACAAGGAACUGAUUGUUUCUGCCACUGGUGCGGCUCCAAUGGACGGAGAUUUUCCUCUGGAUGCUAGCAAUGGAACAACGUUCGUUGGAUCACCGAACACGGAUUUGAAAACCUCUAUUUUAACCGCAGGUGAUUUUACUCAGAUAGCAACGAAUAUCGAAAUCACCGGGACUCUUUUCGGGGUUGCGAAGUCCGUUUUGCCUAUGCCGAAAACUCUUAAGCUCAUCAACGAUGGUUGGGAAUGUCCUGCCGCCAAGAGAAAAGGAGGAAAUAUGAACGUUUGUUGCAAGAGAAACCCUAAGUUCAAGGUCAAGAAUGGGCCAAAGACAAAGUUUGCACCGAGAAGGCACGGUGAUCUGAACAUUAUCUACGAUGUUCUACAAUCCUUCAGCAGCAACUACUUAGCCCAAGUGACAAUCGACAACGAGAGUCCACUCGGGCGCUUAGACCGCUGGAACCUGACUUUUGAAUGGAUGCGAGGAGAGUUUAUAAACACCAUGAGAGGAGCUUACACUCACAAGAGAGAUCCAUCUGAAUGUCUUUACAGCAAAGCUGGACAGUACUACAAAGACUUAGACUUCUCACAGGUCAUGAAUUGUCAGAAGAAGCCAGCCAUUUCUGACUUGCCUCCUGAGAUGAAGGACGAUAAAGUGAUGGGCAAGUUACCUUUUUGUUGCAAAAAUGGAACUCUUUUGCCACCUCUUAUGGAUCCUUCCAAAUCUCGAUCUAUGUUUCAACUGCAGGUUUUCAAGUUGCCUCCUGACCUAAACAGAACAGCACUAUACCCACCUCAGCAUUGGAAAAUCGAUGGAGUUCUCAACCCUCAAUACAAAUGCGGGCCACCGGUUCGGGUUGACCCGUCACAGUUCCCGGAUUCUAGCGGUCUACCGGCUAUAACCUAUGCCAUAUCCAGCUGGCAAGUUGUCUGCAACAUAACCAAACCUAAAGCUCAAGCCUCAAGAUGUUGUGUGUCUUUCUCUGCUUAUUACAACAACUCUGCGAUUCCUUGUAAUACUUGCGCUUGUGGAUGUAAUGACAUCGACACCAACACUUGCAAUGCUGACCGUGACCCGCUCCUCCUCCCUCCAGACGCCCUCCUUGUCCCCUUCGAUAACAGAACCCUAAAAGCUAAAGCUUGGGCCAAACAAAACCACAUGCCAAUACCUAAGAAGCUCCCAUGUCCUGAUAACUGUGGAGUCAGCAUUAACUGGCACGUUAACACCGAUUACAGAAACGGUUGGACCGCUAGGUUAACUGUUUUUAACUGGAGAGACUUCGCGUUUGAGGAUUGGUUUGUGGCGGUUGAGAUGGGAAAAUCAGGUAAAGGGUAUGAAAACGUUUACUCCUUUAACGGCACACGUGUUCCACCAAACAACCGAACUGUUAUGUUCCAAGGGUUGCCUGGUAUGAACUAUCUUGUGGGUCAAGUUAACGGAACACAUCCGUUAAGAGACCCUCCCGUGCCUGGAAAGCAACAAUCCGUUAUCUCCUUCACCAAGAAGAACAUCAAUGGUUUGAAAAUAGCUGAAGGAGACGGGUUUCCGACAAAGCUUUUCUUUAAUGGAGAAGAAUGUGCGCUUCCAAAACAUUUCCCAAAGAAGAGCUCAGGACAUAGAGGCGGUAUGAGUGUCUUGAUGUCACUUGUUUUCGCUAUGGCCGCUGCUUUUGCACUAUGA